UUAAUGCUUAUUAUUCUUUAACGUAACUGACUUUGAAAGAACAAGAUUGCUCUUUGAGAUCAGCUGAAUGUUUGGCAGAUUUGUUUUGAUUCGUUUGUUGACUUUCGAUUAUAAUUUGAUAACUUCUCAUGUAAUCUAACACAUUGUUUUAUUAUGUGAAAACCAUGUCACAAAAAACUUUGAUGAGCAGGCUCGGGAAUAAUAUCCUAGAAGAGUCGCAGUUACUUGCCGAGAAAAAAUGGAUACUGGAUGCACUAACGCAAAUAAAAAAACAACGAAAUAGUCUUCAGAUAGAAAGGCUACAACUAGAGAGCCUAAAGUAUCACCUCAAGGGAGAGAAAAACUCUAACUUUGAGAGUAAAACUACAGUAGAUGAUAAUGAACUGCCAACCACUUCUGCAGUGAAUUUGAUGCAAUCAGCGCCGAAGGGCAACGGGAUUGCGGACGCGGACAAGGAUGGCCUCAUGGAUGAAGAGAUCAUUUGCAAUGAACAGGAAUUAGAUUUGUUGAUACUUUCCAACUGUUUAUAUGCUAAUCAGAAUGUCCAGAACAACAUGGAGGAGGAUGAAGAUGAUGAAGAAGACAUAAUUAUUGACAUGAACAUGUUUAUGAAUGGUAAUAAUAACUGAUCAUAGAUGGCGCUGAACAUUUCAUAUGUUAAGAAUAUUAGAAACUACUGUUCCUAUUCAUUCCAUAUGUUUACCCUAGAAUUGAGGAAUACUUAAGAUUUACCAUAAGAUUAUAUAGUUAGUUAGGAAGAGGAUAUGAAAUAAAAACGAAAAUUUAUAUU